AGGUUCAAUUCUGUACAAGACACAGCACGAAAAACUAGAGACAGCUACCAUCAUGGUAUCCUGGAGGAAUCUGUUCGUGUCGUACGCCGUCAUGGGCGUGGUUGCACUUUGGGGGAGCAUGUUAGUGAAUGGCACGCUGGACGCAAUCGACACAGCCAAGGCAAGCAGUGAGCUUCCGAGUGGUCGCAUACUGCUCACCAGCAUUACCGGUGUUCCUCUUAUCGAUGGCGCACUUGCAACACUCGUCGCUUUCUUCGAUGGCAUUACCAACGGUUCGGUCCUGCAGUCGCAUCUGUUGAUGGUGGACCUCCUCGCCGUGAUCCAAUGCGCUACCAUCUGGCUCAUGGUGGACGGUUUUAGUCUGCAAGAAUUCGACCCCUUUGUGCGUAGCCCCGCGAGCUGGGGUGUCGGCUGGAAUGCCAUCGGUAUGGCUGUAGUUCUUCCAGUGUAUUGUGCCUUCAGGGUCGGUACGCCGUAUUCGCGCGACAGUGGUCUUUCUAUCGGAGAUAGCUACGCCUUGUUCUUCUCGUCGGCUGUCUCUUUCGUCCCAGGGGUGCUCAUGGGUCUGCCGCCGUUGAAGUCCUGGAGUACGCAUCAGCAGCAGGUCAUCAUCCUCUUGUAUCAAUUCACGCCUGUCAUCUUCAGCGUUACGCAGAUGGCUUUAGCGCGUUUCAUCAACCAAUUUCAGUACAAGCUGGAGACGAAUGCCAGCUGCCGCACCAACGCAAUCCGGGUAUAUAUCGUGGCUGCUGUAGGUGCUAGCAUUGGACAUCUCUACGUCAUGGUGAGGGCGAUAUCAUUAGGCCUCUUGGGAGAUGUCUUCGUGCCUCGUCCUGCCAGCCUCGGUCGAUUCCCUGCCGAUCGUCUCACAGCUGGUGCCCAUCUCUUCACCCAAUACGACUUCAUUAUCUCGGCGUUGGCAAUUCUCACCUGGAUAUGGUCACAGAUGAGCACAUACGGAGAGUCUUUUGGAUCCAAGCCGACCCUCAUGAUCGCAUCGGUACUGUCAACUGUCGUGCUUGGGCCGGGCGCGACGCUGAUGUUCGCACUGUGGGCGCGGGAUGCGUACGUCACACCGCUUGCAAUUGCGGAGAAAAAGAGGUCGUUGAAGAGGUAGAUGAUAGAGAACCUUCGCAGCUAAAUACGACUAUAGCUACAUGCGAAGAGUGGGAUGAAUAUGGGCAUGUUGCUGGGAUACUUGGGGGGACGAUGGAAGUUGGGGAGUUGUGACGCUGGGCUAGUAGAAGCCUGCGCUUGGCUAUUGUUGGACUAGCGUUGAGUGGCAGGAGGAGAUCAUAUAGAC